AUGGAGGCGGCUGGCACCUGGGCGCUGCUGCUGCUGCUGCUACUGCUGCUGCUGCUGGCGUUGGCGCUGCCCAGGGCACGAGGCCACCUGCCCCCAGGGCCAGCGCCGCUGCCGCUGCUGGGGAACCUGCUGCAGCUCCGUCCGGGGGCGCUGUACCCGGGGCUCCUGCGGCUGAGUGAGAGGUACGGACCCGUGUUCACAGUGCACCUGGGCCCCCGGCGGCGCGUGGUGGUCCUGGUUGGACACGAGGCUGUGAAGGAGGCCCUGGGAGGUCAAGCCGAGGACUUUGCCGGGCGGGGAGCAUUGGCCACGCUGGACCAGACUUUUGACGGCCAUGGGGUUUUCUUUGCCAACGGGGAACGGUGGCAACAGCUGAGGAAAUUCACCAUGCUUGCUCUGCGGGACCGGGGCAUGGGGAAGCGGGAAGGCGAGGAGCUGAUCCAGGCCGAGGCUCAGCGCCUGGUGGAGGCGCUCCAGGAGACCCAAGGACACCCAUUUGACCCUUCCCUGCUACUGGCCCAGGCCACCUCCAACAUCGUCUGUUCCCUUAUCUUCGGCUUCCGGAUGCCCUAUGAGAAUGAGGAGUUCCAGGCUGUGGUGCGGGCAGCUGGCGGUACCCUGCUGGGGACCAGCUCCCCGUGGGGACAGGCCUACGAGAUGUUCUCCUGGUUCCUGCGGCCCCUGCCAAGCCCCCACAAACAGCUCCUCCACCACUUGGGCACCCUGGCUGCCUUCACUGUGCGCCAGGUGCGUCAACACCAGGAGAGCCUGGACCCCUCAGGCCCUGCUCGUGACGUUGUGGAUGCCUUCCUGCUAAAGAUGGCACAGGAGGAACAAGACCCAAACACAGAGUUCACAGAGAAGAACUUGCUGAUGACCGUCACCUACUUGCUGUUUGCCGGGACGGCGACGGUCAGCGCCACCAUCCGCUAUGCCCUGCUGCUACUGCUGAAGCAUCCUCAUGUCCACAAGCGUGUACAGGAAGAGCUGACGCGGGAGCUGGGUGCUGGCCGGGCCCCAGGCCUGGGGGACCGUGCCCGCCUCCCUUACACUGACGCGGUUCUGCACGAGGCCCAGCGGCUGCUGGCGCUGUUGCCCAUGGGCGUGCCCCGCGCCCUCACGCGGACCACCUGCUUCCGAGGGUACACCUUGCCCCAGGGCACCGAGGUCUUCCCGCUCCUUGGCUCCGUCCUGGGGGACCCCAAGGUCUUCGAGCAGCCGGAGGAAUUCAACCCAGGCCGUUUCCUGGAUGCUGACGGGCGGUUCCGGAAGCACGAGGCCUUCCUGCCCUUCUCCCUAGGUAAGCGCGUCUGCCUGGGCGAGGGCCUGGCCCGCGCCGAGCUCUUCCUGCUCUUCACGGCCAUCCUGCAGGGCUUCUCCCUGGACAGCCCGUGCCCGCCGCAAGCGCUCAGCCUGCAGCCUGCCGUCAGCGGCCUCUUCAACAUCCCCUCGGCCUUCCAGCUGCAGGUCCGGCCCCGCUGACCACGGCCUUGGCUGGACCUGAUGAAGAGGGAAGCUCAGGGUGGGGGGUGGGGUGGCCGCCCCGGGGCGAGCAGGGGCAGAGUUGUGUGUCCACAGCCAUACGUCUACACCGCAGGCAGCCGCCUGUGUCUCACCAUUUUCACACAGCAAAGCCAUCUAUGCCAUGCUCUGGGGUGCGCAGCCCACCUAGAGCCACACGCCCUGCCCCCUUCUGGGGCAGGUCACAGGUUCCUGUCCAGGCCACAGCUAGACACACAUGACACCGUCCCAGCUCCCCCAGGGGUCCUCCCAUGGAGACAGCACUGCCACGGGGGCCCCUUUCCAAGCACCCUGAUCGCAAGUUCUCCCAGACGCAAACAGGUCCUGGUUGACAAGCACAGGCCCUUGCCUGAGAAACGCCCACCCAGCCCCAGCCCUGCUUAUGUAACCGAGUUGAAAGCGACCCCUGCUGUCCCUGACUCAGCCCCUGCCCUGCCUCAGAGUCCACGUAAGAGCCAGUGGAAGUGGCUAGAUGACCAUGUAGGGGCCGAGUUCCCAGCCCCGGAGUCAGGGAAGAGACCAGAUCUGAUGUCCUUGUGACUUAAAGGCUCCCAUUUUGCAAUAAACAUUUGUGUCUGGCCUGAGGCGGGGCCUGC